UUGGAUAAAAUGGAAGGUGAGUGGAAGCCUGUAGUAUUUGAGAUCAUGGAUUACAAGGACACCGGUACAUACAUCAUGAAAGGCUCGGAUGAAUGUACCCAGCUGUUGGACGAUCACAUUGUUAUGACCCAGAGUAUGUCAUUCUCACCGUACAAAAAACCAUUUGAGGAUAGAAUCAACACUUGGGAGUCCAAAUUGAGGAUGACUCAAGAUGUUCUGGAUGAGUGGCUACUGUGUCAAAGGUCAUGGCUUUACUUGGAGCCCAUCUUCAGUUCUGAUGACAUCAAUCGUCAGUUGCCUGUUGAAGGAAAACGAUAUCAGACUAUGGACAGAAUGUGGAGAAGGAUAAUGAAAAAUGCAAAAGAGAACCCACAGGUCAUUUCUCUGUGUGCAGAUGCAAGGCUUCUGGAGAACCUCAAAGAAUGCAACAAGCUUCUAGAUCAGGUUCAGAAGGGACUGAGCGAGUACCUGGAGACAAAGCGGGCUGCCUUCCCACGAUUCUACUUCUUGUCCGAUGAUGAACUGUUGGAGAUCCUCUCACAGACAAAAGAUCCUACAGCAGUCCAGCCACAUUUGAGGAAAUGUUUUGAGAAUAUUGCUAGGUUACGAUUUGAAGAUGAUCUAAAGAUAAGCCAGAUGUUCUCAGGUGAGGGUGAAAUGGUACCAUUCUGUGAACCUCUCUAUCCCAAUGGAAACGUAGAGGACUGGUUGCUGGAGGUGGAACGGGUGAUGAGAGACAGUCUGAAGCAAGUACUUGGUGAAUCUAUCAAAAAAUAUGCAGAAGAGGAAAGGACAAAAUGGGUGUUGGAUUGGCCAGGUCAAAUUGUCAUCGCUACUUGUCAAGUGUACUGGACCAAGAUGGUGGAAGAUGCUAUCAAGGCAAAUUCACUUCCAGAACUACAUGAGGUGCUCAAGCAGCAGAUCAAUGAUUUAGUCAACCUUGUCCGUGGUAAACUCUCCAAACUAGAACGUAUGAUGAUGUCAGCAUUGAUUGUGAUAGAAGUCCAUGCUAGGGAUGUGGUUGGCACCAUGUGCCUGGAAGGAGUCAGCAAUUUGAAUGACUUUGAGUGGAUCAGCCAGCUCAGAUAUUAUUGGAUUGAAAACAACUUGUAUGUACGUGCUGUUAAUGCGGAGUUUGAGUAUGGCUAUGAAUACCUGGGAAACUCAGGCCGACUGGUCAUUACCCCGUUAACUGAUCGUUGUUACCUAACGCUUACCGGUGCCCUUCAUCUCAAGUUUGGUGGCGCCCCAGCAGGCCCUGCUGGAACAGGAAAGACUGAAACCACUAAGGAUCUUGGCAAGGCUCUAGCCAUCCAAACAGUGGUAUUCAACUGCUCUGAUCAGCUCGAUUUCAUGGCCAUGGGUAAGUUCUUGAAAGGCCUUGCCAGCUCCGGUGCCUGGGCCUGCUUUGAUGAGUUCAACCGUAUCGACAUUGAAGUGUUGUCUGUAGUAGCCCAGCAGAUUACUACCAUCCAAAAGGCUCAACAACAAAAGGUGGAUCGUUUCAUGUUUGAGGGUGUGGAGAUCGCCCUCAAGAGCUCUUGUGCCGUCUUCAUUACCAUGAACCCUGGCUAUGCUGGUCGUACAGAACUCCCAGAUAACCUAAAGGCCUUGUUCCGUCCAGUUGCUAUGAUGGUCCCUGAUUACGCCAUGAUUGCCGAGAUUUCGCUAUACUCGUAUGGAUUCAGUGACGCUAAAGUUCUGGCUAAGAAAAUCACAACUACUUUCAAAUUGUCAUCAGAACAGCUCAGUUCACAAGAUCAUUAUGAUUUUGGUAUGAGAGCUGUGAAGACUGUUAUUUCUGCAGCUGGAAAUCUGAAGAGAGAAAAUCCAGAAAUGAAUGAGGAAUUGAUAGUGUUGAGAGCUAUCCGUGAUGUUAAUGUUCCCAAGUUCUUGCAAGAUGAUUUAAAGCUGUUCAACGGCAUUGUUUCUGAUCUUUUCCCAAAAAUCAAAGAGGAACCAAUAGAUUAUGGUGCGCUGGAUGCCGCGCUGAGGAGCACAUGUUUCAAGAUGGACUUGAAAGACGUUGAUGGAUUCAUCACAAAAUGUAUCCAGCUAUAUGAAACAACGGUCGUUAGACAUGGUCUCAUGUUGGUCGGUCCGGCCGGGUCGGGCAAAACCAAGUGCUACGAGGUGUUGAAACGGUCUCUCACGUCCCUCAAAGGAGAGCCAGCUGUAGGGGGCGGUGUUUAUGAGACCGUUCAUACCUUUAUAUUGAACCCCAAGAGUAUCACCAUGGGGCAGCUGUACGGUGAAUUUGAUUUGCUGACUCAUGAAUGGACUGAUGGUAUUCUGUCGUCAUUGAUUCGCAUGGGCUCAGCCAAGCAGGAUGAAGAUGCCCGUUGGUACAUAUUUGAUGGCCCUGUGGAUGCUGUUUGGAUUGAGAACAUGAACACAGUUCUGGAUGAUAACAAGAAACUGUGCUUGAGUAGUGGUGAAAUUAUAAAGUUAACAGAGUUUCAAAGGAUGGUGUUUGAAGUAGCUGAUUUAGCUGUUGCAUCGCCUGCUACUGUCAGUCGAUGUGGUAUGGUUUACAUUGAGCCUAGCAUCCUAGGCCUCAGCCCCUUCACUGAAUGCUGGCUGAAGAAGCUGCCCGAUGCUAUCUACCCAUACAAGGACACAUUAGCAGAUCUGUUUACCAAGUUUCUUGAGGAUUCUAUUGGUUUUAUUCGUACAAAUUGUAAAGAGAUCGUUGGCAACAUUGACAGCAACCUGACGUUGAGCUUGACUAGACUCAUGGAUUGUUUCUUUAAACCUUUUGUACCAAAAGAGGACAGUGGCAGGGCAAUGAGUGCAGAACAAAGGGGUGAUAGGCCUCUGCCUGCCGAGAGUCUGAUGCGUAUUGAGGAACUGAUUGAGCCUUGGUUCAUCUUCUCAUUGAUAUGGAGCAUAGGUGGUACCAUUGAUGGAGAUAGCAGGAGGAAAUUUAGCGAUUGGUUGAGAGAAAAGAUGAAAAAAGAAAAUGUGAAAAUACUGUUUCCACCUGAUCACUUGGUUUACGAUUACAAAUUGGAUGAUGGUGGUGUAACUAAAUUUUCCAAGGGAGAUGACGAAGAAGAUGAAGGUGAUGCAGACAAGAAGAAAGAGAUUCGCUGGGUUGAUUGGAUGGACGGCGUUGCUCAAUGUAAGAUUUCGCCAGAAACGCCAUAUGCUGACAUCAUUGUCCCCACGCCAGACACUGUACGAGGAUCAUGGCUUAUUGAGACUUUACUUGUCAACAAGAAACAGGUACUGUGUGUUGGUGAUACAGGUACAGGUAAAACACUGACCAUCGCUGAUAAGCUGCUGAAGAGUAUGCCCAAGGAUUUCCUCAGCAACUUCAUCUCAUUCUCCGCAAGAACAAGUGCUAACCAAACGCAGGAUCUCAUUGACAGCAAGCUUGACAAAAGACGCAAGGGUGUGUUUGGACCACCUCUUGGCAAAUACUUUGUCUUGUUUGUAGAUGACUUAAACAUGCCCGCCCUCGAAGUCUAUGGCGCACAGCCUCCUAUUGAGCUGCUCAGGCAGUGGAUGGACCACAAAGGAUGGUAUGACAGAAAGCAAAUAGGUGCAUUCCGUGAACUUGUUGACAUCACUUUCGUAUGCGCUAUGGGUCCCCCUGGUGGCGGUCGUAACCCAGUUACAACACGUCUCAUGCGGCAUUUCAACUAUCUGUCAUUCUGUGAAAUGGAACAUGCCAGUAAAUCGCGUAUUUUCUCUACCAUCCUAAGAUGUUGGCUUGGUGACAACCAGUCUAUCAAUGAGUUCUGUCAUGAGCUUGUGAACUCAUCAAUUGAAGUCUACGAGACCGUCACAACACAGCUUCUACCCACCCCAGCCAAGAGCCAUUACACAUUCAAUCUCAGAGAUCUCUCCAAAGUGUUUCAAGGCAUGUUGAUGGUUGAUGCAAGCAAAAUUGAAAACCUGUCUGGUCUUCUGCGUGUGUGGUUCCACGAGAACUGCCGCGUGUUCAAGGACCGUCUGGUGAACGAUGAAGACCGUGAGUGGUUUGAUAAUUUGCUCACUAAACAAAUGGUGGAGACGUUUAAAGCAGACCCAGCAGAGGUGGUCCACAGUGAUCCGUUGAUCUAUGGUGAUUUCAUGAUCCCAAACGUUGACAAUAAGAUCUAUGCAGAGAUUAUGGAUCACACUAAGAUGGUAACCAUUUUAGAAGAGUACCUUGAAGAUUACAACCAGGUGAACACAGCACGAAUGCGCCUUGUACUCUUCAUGGACGCCGUGAAGCAUGUGUGCCGUAUCAGCCGUGUCAUAAGGCAACCACUGGGUAAUGCUCUGUUGCUGGGAGUAGGGGGCAGUGGGCGACAGAGUUUGACGAGGCUAGCUGCUCACAUGGCUGAAUAUGACUGUUUCCAGAUAGAGCUGUCUAAAAAUUAUGGCAUGAAUGAAUGGAGGGACGACUUGAAGAAAGUGAUGUUGAAAGCUGGUUUAGAAAACAACCCAAUAGUAUUUCUAUUCAGUGACACCCAGAUUAAGAGUGAGUCGUUCCUAGAAGACAUCAACAACAUACUGAAUUCUGGAGAUGUGCCUAACAUCUAUGGUUUUGAUGAGUUGGAUGAGAUAUACAAUGCAAUGAAACCUAUUGUACAAGAGGCAGGCCUUCAGGCUACCAAAGCUAAUUUGUUCUCAGCCUACACAAAGCGGGUCAAGAGCAAUACACACACUGUGCUGUGCAUGAGCCCCAUCGGUGAGAUAUUCCGUGCACGAUUGAGGCAGUUCCCUUCGCUGGUAAACUGUUGUACAAUUGAUUGGUUCAGCGAGUGGCCUAGGGAUGCUUUGAGAUCUGUUGCACAGAACUUCUUGAAAGAAAUUACAGAAUUGGAUGAUAAUGAUGAGAUUAAUGAAGGAUUGGUUAAUGUGUGUGUUGAUAUUCAUCAGUCGGUUGCUGAUAAGUCUAUUCAGUACCUUGCGGAGUUGUCCAGGCAUAAUUAUGUCACUCCCACCAGUUAUCUUGAGUUGCUUGGCAUCUUCUCAAAGCUUAUCGGUCUCAAGACGAACGCCCUGAAAACAGCAAGAAACAGGACGAAAACUGGUCUAGAUAAGUUGCUACACACAGCAGAUGAAGUCACUAAGAUGCAAGAGGAGCUAGAAACGAUGAGGCCAAUGUUGGAGGAGGCGGCUAAGGAGACAGAGGUGACAAUGAAGAAGAUCGCAGAGGAUACUGUAAUAGCUAAUGAAACAAAAGCUGUGGUGCAGAAGGAGGAGGAACAGGCAACAGCUAAAGCUAAGGAGACCCAGGCUAUAGCUGACUCAGCUCAGAGGGACUUGAAUGAAGCACUCCCGGCACUGGAUGCUGCACUCGCAAGCUUGAAAUCCCUCAAUAGAACCGAUGUGGUUGAGGUACGUGCUAUGCAGCGCCCUCCAGCAGGUGUGAGGAUGGUGAUUGAAGCUGUGUGCAUCAUGAAGGGAAUAAAACCAAAGAAAGUUCCUGGUGAAAAACCAGGAACGAAGGUGGACGAUUACUGGGAACCCGGCAAAAACUUGCUUCAAGAUCCAGGAAAGUUUUUGGAUAGUCUAUUUGCUUAUGAUAAGGAUAAUAUACCAGACAGUGUGAUUCAUAAGAUCCAACCAUACAUCGACAGUGAGGAGUUCACACCUGCUGCCAUUGCCAAGGUGUCCAAAGCGUGUACAUCCAUCUGUCAGUGGGCUAGAGCUAUGCAUAAAUACCAUUUCGUAGCCAAGGCAGUUGCACCUAAGAGGGAACAAUUGCGUAUAGCCCAGGCAGAUCUUGCCGCCACGCAGCGUAUCCUGGACGAAGCCCGUGCCCGGCUACGUGAAGUGGAGGAUGGUAUUGCCACCCUGCAGGCCAAAUACAGGGAUUGUGUCGCCAAGAAAGAGGAGCUGGAGAUGAAGUGUGAACAGUGUGAGGCUCGAUUGGGAAGAGCUGAUAAGCUGAUAGGCGGCUUGGCUGAUGAAAAAGACCGUUGGCAAGAAUCUGUAUCAAAACUGAAUGAGAUAAUUGACAGCAUUGUGGGUGAUGUCGUCGUUUCCGCUGGCUAUGUUGCAUAUCUUGGUCCAUUCACGGGUGAAUAUAGACUUUCAAUGGCUGAAGAAUGGAUUAGAGCUUUAGAUACCCAUCAUGUACCUCACACAAGUGACUGCAGCUUCCAGAAUGCUUUUGGUGACCCGGUCAAAAUACGUACUUGGCAAAUAGCUGGCCUGCCACGAGACAACCUCUCGGUGGAGAACGGUGUGAUCGUUCAGUUCUCCCAAAGAUGGCCACUCUUCAUUGACCCACAAGGACAGGCUAAUAAAUGGGUCAAGAGUCUAGAAAAAGACAAUGGUAUUGAUGUGAUCAAACUAACUGAUAGGGACUUCCUAAGAAGCCUUGAGAAUGCUGUAAGGUUUGGUAAACCAUGCCUACUAGAGAACAUCGCAGAGGAACUUGAUCCAGCUCUUGAACCCAUCCUACUCAGACAAACAUUCAAGCAGCAAGGAAGCACCGUGAUCAAACUAGGUGAUGCUGUCAUACCUUACCACGAUGACUUCAAGUUUUACAUCACCACCAAGUUACCCAACCCACAUUACACACCUGAGGUAUCCACCAAGGUAACACUUGUCAACUUCACCUUGUCACCCAGUGGUCUUGAAGAUCAACUGUUGGGUCUGGUAGUAGCCGAGGAACGACCUGAUCUUGAGGAGGCCAAGAACCAGUUGAUUGUUAGCAAUGCUAAGAUGAAGCAAGAACUGAAAGAGAUUGAGGACAAGAUUCUUGAACGACUUAGCAACUCAGAGGGCAACCCUGUUGACGAUAUUGACCUCAUUGCGACCCUGGAAGCAUCAAAGGUCAAAGCACAUGAAAUCCAGGCUAAAGUGGUAGUCGCUGAGCAGACAGAACGUGAAAUAGAUGAGACACGUUCACAGUACAUUCCUGUGUCUGUCCGUACCCAGCUGCUGUUUUUCUGCACAACAGAUCUUGCGAACAUUGAUCCCAUGUACCAGUAUUCUCUGGAGUGGUUCAUCAACAUCUUCUUGUCUGGCAUUGCAAACUCUGAAAGAGCAGAGAAUGUUGCACAGCGUAUUGUGAACAUCAAUGAUUAUUUUACAUUCAGUUUGUAUAGUAAUGUAUGCCGCAGUUUGUUUGAGAAACACAAGUUGCUGUUUGCUUUCCUUCUCUGUACACGAAUUAUGCAGAAUGAUGGCAAGAUCAACAUGGAUGAAUGGCGCUUCCUGCUGUCUGGUGGAACCACGAUUCCAAAGGAGCUCCUGAACCCUGCUAAAGAAUGGUUGUCAGAGAGAGCGUGGAAGGAAAUUCUCUCAAUAGCAUCUCUGAAAACAUUUGCGAGCUUUGCUGAAGACUUCUGCAACCACCUUGAGGGGUACAAGAGAAUCUUUGACAGUGUCGACCCUCAUCGUGAGGACCAGCCUGGCGAUUGGAACACCAAACUUGACAGCUUCCAAAAGGUUCUUGUCCUGAGAUGUAUCCGGGCGGAUAAAGUCACAAAUGCUAUGCAGGAUUUUGUUGCCACUCACCUGGGUCAGCAAUUUAUCGAGCCCCAGACUGCUGAUCUGUCGAUAGCGUUCAAAGAAUCUUCUCCAGCCUCACCUCUUGUGUUUGUCCUCUCAGCUGGCACAGAUCCAGCUGCCGAUCUCUACAAGUUUGCAGAGGAAAUGAGGUUCUCAAAGAAACUGACUUCCAUAUCUCUUGGACAGGGACAGGGUCCACGUGCAGAGGCACUGAUGCGGAGUGCCAUGGACCGUGGCAAAUGGGUGUUCUUCCAGAACUGUCACUUGUCACCAAGCUGGAUGCCAUCGCUUGAGAGAUUGAUUGAGAACAUUGACACUGACAAGGUUCACAGAGAUUUCCGGUUGUGGUUGACUAGUCUGCCUAGCCCUAAAUUUCCGGUAGCCAUACUACAAAACAGCUCCAAGAUGACCAUUGAGCCUCCAAGAGGCAUUAAAGCUAACCUGCUCUCAGCCUACGCUAACCUCAACGAUGAUUUCCUGAACUCGUGUGGAGAGAAAACCGGUACAUUCAAAUCGUUGCUAUUGUCGUUAUGUCUCUUCCAUGGUGUCAACAUUGAGAGGCGCAAGUUUGGCGCCCUUGGUUUCAACAUCCCGUAUGAGUUCACCACAGGUGACAUGCGUAUCUGCAUCAGCCAACUAAAGAUGUUCCUGCUGGAAUAUGACACUAUUCCAUUUAAGGUGUUGAAGUACACCGCUGGCCAUAUCAACUACGGAGGGCGUGUGACAGAUGAUCAGGAUAGGCGAUGCAUUAUGAAUAUCCUUCAGGAUUACUACAACGAGAGCGUCCUCAACGAGGAACAUAUCUACUCCCCAUCCGGAAUAUAUAGACAAAUACCAACUACCAUGGAUCACAAUGGAUAUGUUUCAUACAUCAAGAGCUUGCCCAUCAAUGAUACCCCUGAGAUAUUUGGACUUCAUGAUAAUGCCAACAUCACAUUUGCACAAAAUGAAACAUUUAGUCUACUGAGUGGCCUGCUGAAACUACAACCAAAGACAGCAUCAGGAUCAGGACGGUCUAGAGAAGAGGUGAUAGAGGAGAUGGCAAAACGGAUCUUGGAUGUUGUCCCCAAAGCAGUGGACAUUGAAAUGGUCAUUAAGAAACAUCCAGUGAGGUACGAGGAGUCCAUGAACACUGUGUUGAUACAAGAAGUCAUCAGAUACAAUCGUCUGUUAGUGGUAAUCCAGAAGGCAUUGCACGACGUCCUGAAAGCUUUGAAAGGCUUAGUUGUGAUGUCGGAAGAACUAGAGACUAUGUCUAACCAAAUGUUCAAUAAUACAGUGCCAACAAUGUGGGCCAACAAGGCAUAUCCUUCACUGAAGCCACUGUCGUCCUGGGUGUCUGACUUGGUAACCAGAAUGGAUUUUGUCCAGGAUUGGAUAAAUAAGGGCAUCCCAAGUGUGUUCUGGAUCUCCGGGUUCUUCUUCCCACAAGCCUUCUUGACCGGCACUUUACAGAACUAUGCAAGGAGAGCUGUCAUCUCAAUUGAUACCAUUACAUUUGACUUUAAGGUUAUGAGAGAAGCUUCAUCAGAAUUAACAGAAAGACCGGAAAAUGGCUGCUAUGUAAGAGGUUUAUAUUUAGAGGGCGCUCGCUGGGAUCACCAUAAACACGAGUUAACCGAAUCCCGACCGAAAGAAUUAUACACAGAUAUGCCUGUCAUCCAGCUGAUUCCUGUAGCUAGCCGAGUACAGCCUACUAGUGGAAUUUACGUGUGCCCAGUCUACAAGACUCUCACAAGAGCUGGUACUCUAUCAACCACGGGUCACUCAACCAACUUUGUGUUCUUUGCUGAGGUGACAUCAUCAAUGCCGCAGUACCAUUGGAUAAAGAGGGGUGUUGCCCUGAUAUGUGCAUUGGAUUAUUAAUAUUGAAUUCUAAUUAAAUUCCGUCCAUUCCAAUCAAAUGCUAAAUUGUUAUAUUUUCAAAUGACCAUCUAGUUAAAGAUAUAAAAAUUGUACAAAAAAAAUAUAUACAAUGAAUAUUUUUAUUAAAUUUAUUUUAUAUUUCAUAUUGUAUUUAUUGGGUCAAAAUGUUUCUUAAGAUUCUGGCAACAGCCAUAUUCCGUCCAGUUUUAUUACUUUGUGGUGUGUUCCAUUAACAAUAGACAUGAAUUUAUGUUUUAUUUAUAAUUUGAUGUAAUUAUGAAUCAGGUUAUGAGUACAUAUUCAUAACUCACAUGAAGAUUGGUGAAGAUGCUUAUCACAAUAUGUGUAACACUUACUUCAUAUAAAUUUUACUCAAUAUUGUAAUUAUAUAAAUUUAAACAUUAACAUUAUAUAUCAUACAUGGUAUAAUUUUAUUUUGGUUUUUAAAAAUUUUAUCCUCUCCAUUAUUAUUGUAAUUUAUUAAAUAUUAUUAUUAUU